CCCACCUUCGCCGAUGGCGUUGAUUACUCUCAUUCUAGUCAUAUAUUCUUGAGAGCCACUUCCCGUGGGGUCGGUGAAUCAUCUUUGCGCGGAUGCCCAAAGCCACAUCGCAGUCGAACAUACUUUAUGCACUGCAAAUGGAUAUUGCAUAGUUUGUAACUGCACGGUUUGCUUGGCUGCACCAGCACAACAUUUGACUUCUGGCUAUUAAAGCCCCAUAAUCUCGCAACCUGCUGUGAAACAUAGCAUCAAUUCAGCACAAUUCGACAGCUCUAGAGACAAACAUGAAGCCUCAAUAUGCCGGCAACCCUUAGGAUACCAUCAGGGCUUCAGCAGAGAUAUCCAUGGGGUGCUCUUGGAGCUCCUUUCCUGUGGUCACAAAUAGUUUCAAGCUCGAUGAUCCGGGUUUACAGAAAUUCGCCACACAAUCGUUCACCCUACCACCAAAAUUCAGUUUCUGAAAUCCUCGAUCUCGACCACCCCAAAUAA